AUGGAUUUCCUCCGGCUGCAUCUCCCUGGGCUGCACCAGGCCUUGAGGGGGACACUGGAAUCCUUUAGCACCUUUGUCUCCUACCUUUUGGGAGAUGAGGUCCCCACUGUAGAGAGGAGGGAGGCAUGGGCAGCUGAGAAACCGGGGGAGGUGGCUCCAGGAAGGCCAGGAAGAAGCGUAGAGGAGGAAGCCCAGGAGGCUCUGGAGGGUGUGGGAGGCAGCCAAAGCAAGGGGGACGGAGGACCGAGAGGGCCUGGAGAGGCUAGAAGAUACCAGGAGGGAAGCUCAGCUACAGAACAGACCUGGAGUUGGGGAGAAGGCAGCUCCCAUGGGUCUCAAGGAGAUAGGCAGGACACUGGGGCGUGGGAGGCAGCCAAGGCCUCCAGGUGCCAGGAGCCAAGUGCCCUCUUGGAGGCCAGAAAGAAGUCUGACGCAGAGUCUGAGACUGGCCCAGCCCAGGAGAGGCAGGAGUGCAAUGAGCAGGAAGUGAACAGAGAAGAGACACCGAGAACCUGGGAACAGGAGGAGGAGGAGGAGGAGGAGGAAGAGGUUAGGGCAAGAGAGCCAGGGGGGGUCAGAGGGGUGGAGUCAGAGUGGACCGGGUGUACGGAGCCUAAGGGAAAGGCUGGUGCCCAUGGGCAAAGGGCAGCAGGGGAUGGCAGGGAGUCAGAACAGGCAGUCAAGGCAGUUGCAGAGGAGAUCCAGGGAGCUGGGGUCAAAGAGACCGGGAGGGAAGAAGAGGUGGUGGCCGUGGAGUGGGAUGGCCAAAGCACAGAGGCACAGGGGACUCGGGACCCAGGGACAGCAUCUGAGGAUGGGGCAACCUUGGGCAGAGAGGAGGUCAGGACAACCUCAGGAAGGGAGGAGGCCUGGACAAUCUCAGGUGGGGAGGCUGAGACAGCCUCAGGUGAGGAGGAGGCCUGGACAGCCUCAGGUGGGGAGGAGGCGGCUGACUUCCCAGGAGUGAGGGAGACAGAAAAUGGGGCAGCCCCAGGAUGCAGGAGUCUAGAAUGUACAGGGAGAGUCUGGGCCCUAGAAGAGGCCUCCAGGGGAGCCCAGGAGGAGGAGGUGGGUGGAAAUAGAGAGGCUGAGGUGAGCCUGUCCCUGAAACAGACUCAGGCCCUGGGAGCUGAAGGAAUGGGAGAAAUGGCUGAGGUCCAGACAGCAGGGAAGGAGAGCGCGGAAGGCCAGGGGUCGGAGUGGGGGACAGGGGAGGGCUCGGAGGGUCAGGCAGAUCAGGAUGGGAAAGAGGCCAAUGGAAGGCAAGACUCAGAGAUCAUGGCUGCUCAAGCCGACCCGGAGGAAGCGGUGCCGGCACAGGAGGCCGAGGAGGAGAAAGAGAGCCGCUGGGCCCCAGAGGCUGAGUUCUCCCGGGACAAAGGCACAAGCAAGGCUGAAGGUGAUGCUGACUGGGAGGCGACCCCAAAGGCCACACCUGGAAAGGAGUUGAGGGAGAGGAGUGAGGAGGGAGCUCAGGUGGGUAGAGAAGAAUUUGGGGUAGAGGGUGGUGGCCCAGAGCACAAGGUCACUGACGUUUGGGAUGUUGAGCGGAUAGGAGGCCCCCACACCCCAGAGGGACCACCCGGGGAAGGACAGCAGGCAAAGGAAAGGCUCUGGGGCAUCCCAGCCCAGAGCAAAGAGGAGGCAGGAAGGAGCCUGGAGGCCAGUCCCAGGCCCGCGGGCUCUGGAAGGCCUGAUGCAGAAGCCGGGGAAAGCCGGAGAAAAAGGGAUGUGCGGAGAGGGAAUUCGCAGGAGGAAAACGUAGGUAUGGAAGAGGAGGAGGGGGAGGCUGCAGGAGGCCAGGAAUCUGCACUGCCAGGGGCCCUGGAGGCAGGCGGGGAGUGGAAGGAAGCAGGGCAUGGAGUGGACAGCCAGGAGCUGGGCGGAAGGCACGGGGCAGAGUUAGGGACAGGCUGGUCCCUGGGAGAGUCAGAAGCCAGAGAAACUAAUGAGGAGGAGGUGGGGGCCGCAGGGCCCUGGGAGGUAGAGGGAACACCCAGGGGAGACUGGAGGCUGGAGGAGGCAGCGCUGAGCUCCCGGGACAGUGAGGACACAGAGGCUGGCUCCUCGGCUGCUGGGACUGAGACACAGAAGGCAGCUGCGGAUGGAAGGGCCGCUGGGACUGGGGAAGGGCCUGAAGGAGGGGCAGGGGAAGCGUGGGAUGGGGCAUUUGGAAGGGGCUGGGACUCAGAAGGAAACGAGGAAGCUGGCAGAGGUGCAGAGGUGAUGGAGGCUGCAGAGGGAGAGAGCAGAGGCUGGCAGGAACUUGGCCUGGAUGGUUCCUCAGAGGAGGUUACUGGCAGAGGUGGCCAAGUGGAGGCUUUUGAGGCUGGGGAGCAUGAGCCAGGGGGGGAGAGGGCGGAGGCUGGGGAAUCGGUAGCGGCCGAAGGAAGCUGUGGGGUGGGUGACUUCAUCUCGGGCUCCCAGGCGGUGAGGGCAGAGGGGGCCCCGGUCAUAGUGGAGGUCAACGGGUUCCCAGAAGGGCAGAUGCUGUCAGAAACAGAGGCUGGGGCAUGGGAGGCGAGGCGGCAGGGGCGAGGCAGCGAGGGGCAGCGUGGGGACCAGGGCCCUGAGGGAGAGGCACAGAUGCCCUGUGACACGGAGGACAUGGAGGGGAGCGGACACCAGAGGGCAGAGGCCAAGGAGCUGGAUGCAGCAGACCUGCAGGACGUCCAGGGCCAGGAGGACCAGCCAGCAAACCGGGGCCCUGGGCCAUGCGAAGAGGCUGCCGGAGGGGAUGUGCACGGCAGCUGGAGUGAGGCCCUCCUCCCCGUGUCUCGCCUGGACGUCUCUGUCCCCCGGAGCCGCGUGCUCCUGUCCCGCAGCUCCUCACAGCGCCGCUCCAGGCCCUCUUUCCGCCGCAUCCCCACCCCGGAGCAGCAGCAGGAGCCUGCCAGCCCCCCGCCGCCGGAGGAAGAGCUGCCAGCGCCUGAGCAGAGACCCCUCCACCCAGAGGAACCCUCAGAGCUAAGCCUCCCUAGGCCUGAAGGGACCCCGGUGCCAGCGAGGAGGAGGCCCCUGGGACAAGGGUUUGGCUUUGCACACCCCGGCAUGAUGCAGGAACUGCAGGCCAGACUGGGCCGGCCAAAGCCCCAGUGA